ACGAUUAGGACGACUUCAUGGGAAAAAAGAAAAGAAGAAAGAGUAGAAAGGAGUUCAAAGAGGGCGAUGAAGAGUCCGGGUCAGAAAGCGAUUCUUCAUCAAUGUCAGAAAAAUCAAAGCAAGAAGUGUUGCCUGUAGCUGCUAAAAAGACGGCGUUACCUGGAGCAAUCCUGAAGGCUCGACGUCAGCCACCAUGGUACUUCGUCAGGAUCUUAGAAGAGGAAAGGCCGGAUCUCCUUGGACCUAAUGGAAAGUUGAAUUUGGAGAAAGAAGAUGCAAUUUUAAUGGACAUGUUUAUCAGAGACAAAAGUGACCUUAUGACUGGAGAUCUCAUCAUAACAGACGACAAUUUGGACGAAGAAGAUCGUCAUUUCAAUAGAUAUGAAGUACAACUCAAAUACAAUGAAGGACGAUACACAGCCUUAUAUUUGAUCUCGAGACAAAUAUGCGCAAACAAUGAGCUGGAAGAAAAAGGUAUACUUUACGCCAUGAAAACGAGUCUCAGGCCGAACAGUGCUAAUAUUGUACUCAGAAUGAAGCGCGAACUCAGAAUAUUAAAUGAGUUGAAGAAAUGUAACUGUCCAUACUCACCGGUUCCUCUGGACAGUGGAAGAGUAGCCGAUCUACCAUUUAUUGUAAUGAAUCUUCUCGAUCGCAAUCUUGAAAAAUUGAGAGAACAAACUGCAGCAUUCAGACCAUCCACAGCGUUCUACGUAGCUUAUGAAGUAUUGUCUGCAUUAUCGUUCCUUCAUGUACGCAAAUACGUUCAUCGAGACGUAAAAAUGACAAACAUCUGCAUCGGAGCACGUCCUGCCCUCAAUAGAAUAUAUCUCAUAGAUUACGGUGACACCGUGAAGUUCGGAAAAAGAAUAAGAUACGGAACGCCAGAUAUCUAUACCCUCCCAUACUGGAGCAUGGAUGCGCACAAAAGAGCCAUGGCACGGGAGCGAGGAGAUGCCGAGUCGUGGUUCUAUGUGCUAGCAGAGUUGAUCAAACCAGGAUGCCUUCCUUGGCUCAAAUUAAACUCAGAAGUUGAGGUUUUAGCGGCGAAAGAAGCACUUUGGAAAGAAGGUGGACAGAAUCUUGUUGACAAUCCUCAUAUGAUUUUGUUGCAAGAACUGAUUCAAUACACCACCAAUAGAUUCGAUCAUGAUACAGCCAAGGCAAUCCUUCGUGAUGGGAUCGAAAGCAAUCGGCCGCUAUCUCUAGAGUGGAUUCCAGUGAUGCGCAUUUCUCUUCCACCAGCUCCUCGCACUUCAUUUGCACAGCUGAAAGAAAGAGUAGCAAGCAUUAAAGGAUUAUCAGCACCAUCCAGCGACAAAACGCAGAAAGCAAAAGACACUCCUACGAGGACUAGGGAUGAAAGCCUCACACAGCGAUCAUCACGGCCUGGAAGAAUGUUACGAACAGAACAAACUCUGCAAACUCUGGAAAACCUAACACAGCGUUCUUCACGCAAACUCAGAAGAAAACCUGAUGGGCGAACUUUUACUGAAGCAUCUCGAGAAGAAAGCACUAUGAGCGCAGUGGUGACUGGAGUUGCAAAAAUUCCGCCACCCAGAAAAGCGUCAAGUGCUAGAAAAGCAGGGUCAAUGAAGAGGAUGUCACCAAGUAAGAUGAUGCCAGUAAGCGCAAGUAAAAUGUUGCAACCGAUUGCAAAUAAAAUGAUGCUAGCGUCAAAAGGCAAGAUGCUACCUCCUCAGCCAGGGCAGCUUUCAACGGCUAGAAAGGGAAAAAUGAGUGGCAAAGGGAAGGAAAGACGGCGAGUGACAAGAAAAGGCAGAAGGAAGUAGCCUAAAAUAUUCUAAAAAGAUAAAUUGAAGUAUUCCUAUGAUAAUGACUUAUUAACUAUGUAAAUUUGGUCGUUGUGUGAGUGUAAGGCUAACGUUGAAAGAGG